AUGGUCAGUGCUCCGCAACCUUGCCUUCGUAUGCGCAAACCAACAGACACUGAUACUCUACAGGGAAUCACAAAUUGGGUUGCACCGGGCGACAAGUCUGGGGAGUUCAAGAGAGGACAGUCGCAAUUCAGGAAUUUCAUCCAGAAGGGAGGAGAAUUUCCUCCAGAGAAGGGACGAUAUCAUCUUUAUAUAUCCUACGCCUGUCCGUGGGCGCACCGAACCCUCAUCGUCCGAAAGCUGAAGGGCCUCGAAGAUAUCAUACCAUUUACCUCCGUACACUGGCAUAUGGGAGAUAAAGGAUGGCGAUUUGCAACUUCUGAGGAUAGCGAUGCACCUGGAGCGGAGGUUAAGCCCGAUCCGGUGCCUGGACAUGAGAAAUAUACGCAUCUGAGGGAUAUCUACUUCCAGGUCGAUCCUGAGUAUAAGGGACGAUUUACGGUUCCUACAUUGUAUGAUGUGAAGCAAGGGAAGAUUGUUAGCAAUGAGAGUAGUGAGAUCAUUCGAAUGUUCUAUACCGAGUUCGACGAUAUUAUCGAAGAAAAGUACAAGAACGUCUCUCUUUUCCCGACCGAACUCCAGAAAGACAUCGAAAGCACCAACGACUGGACAUACAACGAUAUCAACAACGGUGUCUACAAGUCAGGUUUUGCAACCACGGAAGAAGCAUAUGCCAAAGCCGUUACGACGCUCUUUGGUUCUCUUGACCGCGCCGAAAAGCACCUAUCCGAGUCAGAAGGUCCUUAUUAUUUCGGAAAGAACAUCACGGAAGCAGAUGUGCGUCUCUACACCACCAUCGUGCGUUUCGAUGCCGUCUAUGUGCAACACUUCAAAACCAACAUCAGGGAUAUUCGUUCCGGUUACCCAUAUCUUCAUAAGUGGUUGAGGAAUUUGUAUUGGAACGUUCCGGCUUUCGGGGAGACGACCGAAUUUACUCAUAUCAAACGCCAUUACACGAGGUCGCACACCCAGAUCAAUCCGUUCAGUAUCACGCCAGUUGGACCCAUUCCUGAUAUCUUGAAGGAGGAUGAGGAGGUACCUGCUGUCAAGUUUGCCCUGGCGCAGGCGGCGAAGAAAUGA